UGCUGAGAUGUGGCCGCCCUGGCUGGAGAACAAUGCAUCCAUUGCUCCUGAGUGUCACUGCAUGUACUUGGUGGUGAGGGGUUUUGAGGAAAAAUGAUCCAUUGUCCAUCCCUUCGUCUUGCUGCGGUGAUCAAGGCAAAGGUUACGGGUUCAUGAUCCAUCCCUGGCAUUUCUACAAACACAUACCGUAUAGAUACUGAUCUGCCUUCAUUAUGGACAGAUGCUUCAAUAACCAUUUGAGUGCUGGCGCACAGCAGCGGUCAAUCUCCCAGUUUGAACCCUUGUCAUGGGGUCAUUCGCCCGAGGAACUUUUUCUCCCGCAUUUUUUUCUCUUUUUAUUUCCUCUGCUGGCUCUUGGGAGGUGUAAAACAGUCCAGACUCAAUGCGUGAGACAGACGCCCGCUCUUGCGCUGUGGAGAAUGUGGGAUGUGAUGCUCUUUGUGUGCAGCUCAGUCUGCCGCUGUUACAGCUCUUAGAUGAUCAUGCCUCAUCACUUCAUUUGACUGUGGAGAGGCCGCCGCAGUUUCGCGGGAACUUAUGGCCGGAUGGAGCGCGCGUCUUUUGGAGGAGUUUCCCUGCUGCAACUUCUUAAGGGUCAUGUUUGGAAGCACAAAUUCAACUGCGACCUGAAAUAAACCUCAAUUCAGGAAUGACAUGAAAUGUGGGCAAUGUGUGUGAGGGAGAGGUACACUCAGAUCAUAGGUGAAAAGUUUAUAUCACCAACAUGAGCUGGAGCUUUCUCACUCGACUUCUGGAGGAAAUCCACAACCACUCCACGUUUGUGGGGAAAGUGUGGCUGACCGUGCUAAUUAUUUUCCGCAUCGUUCUGACGGCCGUUGGCGGUGAGUCGAUCUACUCAGACGAACAGACAAAGUUCACCUGCAAUACUAAACAGCCCGGCUGCGACAACGUAUGCUACGAUUCCUUCGCCCCGCUCUCGCACGUACGGUUCUGGGUUUUUCAGAUCAUCAUGAUAUCCACCCCCUCUGUCAUGUACCUGGGUUACGCCAUUCAUAAGAUCGCCCGUACCACAGAGGAGGAGCGACGCAAACAUCAGAGACACCAGAGGAGGAGCCGCGACAGCCGGUGGAGAGACGGACAGCCCCUUGAGGAGGUUUUAGAAGAGGAGGAUGAUGACGCAGAGCCGAUGAUUUAUGAAGAAGACAAUUUGGAUGCACAAGAGGUCAAACCGGAGAUGGAUAAAACCAAAAGUCAAGACCCUGUGAAGCACGAUGGUCGUCGCCGGAUCAUGCAGGAAGGCCUGAUGAGGAUGUACGUGCUUCAGCUUUUAUCCCGUGCCAUCUUUGAGGUGGGAUUCCUCACAGGUCAGUAUCUCCUCUAUGGCUUCCGCGUGAACCCCUCGUACGUCUGCGACAAGAUCCCGUGUCCACAUCGGGUAGACUGCUUCGUCUCACGACCCACAGAGAAGACCAUCUUUUUGCUUAUCAUGUACGUCGUGAGCUGUCUUUGUCUCCUGCUCAAUGUCUGUGAGAUGUUCCAUUUGGGGAUCGGUGCCUUCCGUGAUACACUCCGUAAGCGUCGAAACCAGGGCCGACGAACUUCCUACGGCUUCUCAUACUCCAGAAACAUUCCUGCAUCUCCGCCAGGUUACAACCUAGUAAUCAAAUCUGACAAGCCAGGUCGGAUUCCCAACAGCAUCAUUGCACACGACCAGAACAGUGUGCUUCCAGAGCAACAUUGCACAAGCCCUGAUGAGAAUAUUCCGUCUGACCUGGCUAGCUUACAUCACCAUUUACGAGUAGCCCAGGAACAACUAGACAUGGCUUUUCAGACAUACAACACAAAAUAUGCUCAUACUUCCAGAACCAGCAGCCCUGUGUCGGGUGGCACAAUGACAGAGCAGAACCGGGUCAAUACAGCCCAAGAGAAACAAGGGGCACGGCCUAAAGCCAGCACUGAAAGGGUUGGGACAAUAGCAAAAAAUGGUAAGACAUCCGUGUGGAUUUAAAUCCACAAUGGGAAACUCUUGACUACUCUUUUGUGGACCAUCAUAUUUGGAACACAUGAAGCAUUUUUUCUUGCUAAACUACUACAGUUAGGCUCCAUUUCUCCAAUGUUCUCAAGUAGAGGGAUAGGGUUAAUUUCUUUGUAUUUAUUGCUUUACCUGUGCUCACCCAUCCUCUGAGCAAUUCUUAUUGUGCUUCUACUUAUAUUAAGUGUUAUGUUCCUUUAAAUUACUGUACAAUGCAUGUAUUUCUAUUGACCAUAUUGGAAAACAACACCAAUUUUCACUUUAAUGGAUCAUCAGUUUUAAUUCACUUCAUUCAUAUUCUCCACUCAAGGUGAAAGUGAGACGCUACCUUGACUCUUUUUCUAGAGAAAAUAAAAUCUAUUGACAAAUGACAUUAUCCCUGCCUUUCUUCUAACCAUCAUUCAAAUCCUAAUAACCACUGUUUGACAUUCAGCUCUUGUUAGUGAUUAUAUUUAGUGCCGAGGGGCAAUUCAUGACAGUACGUUUAUCGUGUUUGUUGCAGUGGUCUUUAUCAACCUCGUUCUAUGUUUAUGAAAAUGUCUUUAUGAUAUGUUCAUUUCUGUUUCUCAGCUGUGGCACGACUAGCUUAGCUCUGUAAACAGCUUAACUACCAGCAGAUUUAAUUCAACUCAGUUGAAUGGAAAUUAAAGAAGCAUUCCAGACUUAAACCAAAUCCCGACGUGUUAAACAACUGACAUGCUGUUACUCUUGACAACUGGUCUAUUUACUGUUCCUGCAUUGUUUCAAAAGUGACAGCAGCUCUCUUAGUGGCUCUCAGUACAUCUUGUGUUAGGCUUUCCUAGGUUAUUUAAAAUUAAACUUGGCUCAGGCUGUGUUAAAAGAUGAUGGCUAAAGUCGCCCAUAAUUCCACAAUAAUGCUCUGUUGCAAACCCUAGUUUGCUAUGCACCCAUUUAGAAUAUUUAACAUGGGCACAUUUUUACAUUUGCUCGCUGUUCCAGUCAGUAAGUAGCAAAUAAAAAAUGUACUAAGUUUUGAAACACAGCCCAUAAGUGAAUGUUUAUAUGCUUUUAGAAAGCAGAGACACGUAUUGACAGAGAAUCCCCCAUCCCCAAAUCAGACCCUGGUCCUGCCCCAAAAUCAUGCCAUUGGUUGAGCCAAUGUUGCCAUGUUGGGAUGGUUGGUGUUUUGAUAGUGCCAAAGUGUUUAGUGAAAUCAACCUUAUUUGUCCCUACAUAUUAAUUUAAUUAAUUAUUUUUUACUUUUAAAGAACUAUAAACAUUACAUUUUAACGUCUAUGUUAAUUUUUUGUAUUUUGUACUGAUUUCUAAAACUAUUAUGCAAACCAUAUUUCUCUGAGCUGUUCUGUGUAUAUUGUUACUGGUUAUAUAAGGAACCAUGAUAUCAUGCGGUUGCAACUGCGGAACAUUAAUGUUUAGUGCAAGUGCAAUGUCAAUAUUAAUCAAAAUCAUGUUUAAUUUGCACCACAGUUGAACUUCUCAAGAUAAGCUCUGCAAUAUUUAUUUUAAGUAUAAAGAAAUGGUUUUCCUGAUUCUGCACUAUUUGUUUUCAAAAUAAAUGUUAAUUUAAUUUUAAAAUCACUCUCCCAAAAUGUGCCUUUACUAAUUGAGACCGUAAUCAUGAUGU